AUGAAACUGCGCGAAGCUUCCCCACGUGAUCUUCCUCAGAUCAUGGAAGUCCUCCUGGAGGGCCUUGUCGAUGAUCCUAUGUUCGAUUGGACGUGGCGUUAUAGACAUCAGUAUCCAUGGGACAACUACUACUAUUGGAGUCUUAGGAUCAAUUCCAUGAUCAACAAUGCUGGCGUGGUCUUCCUAGUUGUUGAACUUGAUGAGGCUGACAAGUUCAGAGACAAAGGAGAUCCAAUUGGCACCCUAGUCAGCUUCGUCGUUUGGAAAAGAACUGGGGAGGACGAGCACGCAAAACGGCGGAGAAGUCUCAAGGCUGGGAUCCUCAAUAUGCUCGAUCGCACAGUCAAUACUCUACAAGACUACUCGAUGACACAGCACUACCCGGAAGGGAGACGAGAUGCCGACUAUCGGAGAUGGGCGGUCCUCAAAAAGGGUGUGAAAGCAGUUGAUGCGACGUAUUUUACUCGGUAUCAAAAUUUCUGGGAGUUAGAAUUACUUGCUACUCAUAGAAAAUAUCGUCGACACGGAGCCGCUACUAUGUUAGUGGAGUGGGGGAUAAGGCUGGCAGACGAAGAAGGGGUGCCUUGUUGUGUCAUCUCGAGUCCAAUGGGAAAACCCGUUUACGAGAACAGCGGAUUCGUUCUGGCCUCGGAAGAAAAAUGGGUCUUCCAAGUCAAAGGAGAGGAGGAAAAGGUAGAAUGCUUCGUUUUGAUACGGUCAUCAAAAAACGAGCGGGUCUUAUCUGCAGAGACAGGCGAUGGAUACAUGAUAGUGUCAUCAUUAUAG